AUGCCUUUCGAAUCACCCCACUCGCCAAUAUCUCUACCACCCAACGAAUCAAUCUGCCCACUAUCCACAACCUCUGCUUGCACCCCUCCAUCAGGCUACCUCGACGCCAGCACCGGCGCCUCCCUCUCCUACUCAGCCGUAAAGCAAAAAGCCACCGCCCUCUCCACAGCUCUGAUACGCAAUCAUGGUUUCAAAGCCAACGACACCGUCAUCUUGUUUUCCCAAAACUCGAUUUGGUAUCCGGUAGCCAUGUUUGCGGUGCUCAGGGCUGGAGGUGUGGUUAGCGGCGCCAGCCCUGCUUAUAAUGCUGAAGAGAUGGGGUAUGCAUUGAGGACUUCUGGGGCGAGGUUUGUGAUGACGCAUCCUGAGAGGUUGGGUGUGGCUGUUGAGGCUUGUGAGGCUGUGGGCUUGGGUAAGGAGAAUAUUUUUAUGUUGGAGGGAGGGCAAGAGGGUUUCGCAGGUGUGCAGGAAUUGAUUAAAGAGGGCGAGAAAGGUAAAGAGGUGGAUGAGUGGAUGGGAGCAAAAGAAAAGGGGAAUAAGAACGUAUGUGCUUUUUUGAGCUUUAGUUCUGGCACCACUGGAAUGCCCAAGGCUGUCAUGAUAUCCUACCAAAACCUCAUUGCACAAUGCCUCCAAAUGCUGACCAUAACACCAAAACUCGAACGCGUGCUCGCCGUCCUCCCUCUCUUCCACAUAACCGGCUUAGUCCACAUCUUUCACCUCCCCAUCCUCUUCAACGCCCAAGUCAUCAUGCUACCUUCCUUUUCAAUGCCAACAAUGCUUUCCGCAGUAAUGCACUACAAGAUCAAAGAACUACUCUUGGUACCUCCUUUACUGAUCCGUCUGGUUCGCGAUCCAAUUGUGGACGAAUACGAUUUAUCUCACGUCACGAGGUUUUCAUCCGGUGCUGCUCCACUCAGUCAGGAGAUUUUGGAGUUGUUGCAGAGGAGGUUUCCGAAUACGGGGUUUAAGCAGGGGUAUGGGAUGACGGAGAGUUGUUCGUGUAUUCAAGGGCAUCCACCCGAGUAUUAUGAUUACAGGUACGCUCACGCUGUUGGUCAAAUCGUGCCUUCGACGUCUGUAAAGAUAAUCAAGGAGGAUGGGGAGGAAGCUGGUGUUGGCGAGCGUGGAGAGGUGCUGGCAAAGGGUCCUCAAAUCACCAUGGGAUACCUGAACAACGAAGCAGCGACACGAGAUACGUUUGAUGCCGACGGAUACCUGCAUACCGGCGAUCAAGGCUUCAUCGACGCAAAAGGGCUUCUCACAAUCACAGACCGCAUCAAGGAGAUGAUAAAAGUGAAUGGUCACGCUAUCGCCCCCGCAGAACUCGAAGACCUGCUACUCGGCCAUACAGCCAUUGAAGACGUUGCUGUGCUCGGCAUUACAGAUAUAGGGAAAGAAUUGUUGACGUACAUCAAGGAAAGAAAGAUCCGAUACAAAUGGUUAGCGGAGAUUGAGUUCGUGGAGCAGAUCCCCAAAUCUCCUUCUGGCAAGAUAUUGAGAAGAGUGCUCAAAGACAGGGUCAAGGAAGCUAAAGUUGGAUUUGUGGUCAAGGAGGCUGCAAAGGCAAAGUUGUAG